UAGCUGCGUCCAGUCGGGGGGGGAAGAGCACCUCAGAAAAUGGCAGAAGUUUCACCCAUAACGCAACAAAUAACUAAAGACAACUGCGACAUUGGAUCUGCAGCAAGUGUAGAUUUCAGUCUUGAGGAAGUUGGAGAUUGUUUAGUGUACAACAGACAUGGAGUCGUUGUUCCGUUCAAGAAAUUAUAUCAAGACAGGAAAGCAAUCGUCAUUUUUGUACGGAAUUUCUUGUGCUACAGCUGUAAAGAAUAUGUGGAAGACUUGAGCAAAAUUCCAAGAGAGAUACUGCAGGCAGGCAAUAUAAACCUUGUUGUGAUUGGUCAAUCUGCUCCUCAACACAUCGAGUCAUUCUGCUCAUUGACAGGAUAUCCUUAUGAAAUAUAUGUGGAUCCAGAAAGGUGCAUUUAUCAGAAACUUGGGCUGAAAAGAGAAGCAAAGUUCACACAGUCAGGUCACAACAGUCCACAUGUUAAAUCAGGUCUUUUCACUGGUCAAAUGAAAAGUAUAUGGAGAGCUAUGACUAGUCCCGCCUUCGAUUUCCAAGGAGACUUAAAUCAGCAAGGAGGAGCCAUGAUAGUUGGGCCAGGCUCUAAUAUCCAUUUCUUCCAUUGUGAUAUGAACCAUCUGGAUCACAUGCCCAUUAACUGGCUGCUGCAGCUGGCUGGAGUUCAACAGACCCUGGACUUUAGUCAUAAGCACAAAAUCAUCCAUGUAUAGGCUCCGUAUUGUGAUACAGGUUUUAGACUCAACUCUAUCAUCAACACCACCUGCUCAAAAUUUGCAACUGUUGUGACAAUGCAGCCAUUUUGCAGAACUGAUUUUGCAUUUCCAUCUUGAAAAAGAUGUUCCUAGGUUUUUUAAGAGUCUUUUCUUUUUAAUCUUGCUAUUUAUUUAUUUUUUAUAAGCUGUUACAGUUGAACUGUAGGAUAUUUUUGAAAUUUAGAUCUGCAAAUGCAUAUUUGCUGGACACAGAAAACUAUUUUUAAAUGUUUACACUAUACAGUGUGAUGCACUCCGACACCUCUUGUUAUAGGCAGGUUUCUGUACGGCAGCCACGUGAGUGGUUUGUUGAGCUUUGUCUCUUUUGUAUGUAGUCUGCAUUUGUUAGGCUAUUAAGUGGUCAUUUCAUUUGAUUUCAAAUUGCUAUUGCAGUGUUGUAACUGGCAUGUAAUAACACUGUAACAAAGGCAUAAAG